ACAAUACACCGUCUCCGUGCCAGCAUCAGUGCUAGUUGAGCAUUUAAUAUGUCACUAUCAAGACUACUUCCAGGUUUGAAGAUAGCUCUCGUCCAAAUGCUCGUGGGCCCGGACAAGGCCAAGAAUGUCGCGGCCGCCGUGAAGGAGAUCCACAAGGCCAAGCAACAAGGCGCACAGCUGGUCGCUCUGCCGGAAUGCUUUAACUCGCCAAAGGAGAACAUGAACGCAGAGGAAGUGCCAUUCGGGGAGACGUGUCGCGCGCUGUCGGCGGCGGCGGCGGAGGCAGGCGUGUGUGUGGUGGGCGGCACGCUGCCCGAGCGGCAGGGCGGCGCCCUGUACAGCACCAGCACCGUGUGGGGCCCCGAUGGGGCGCUGCUGGCGCGCCACAGGAAGGAAGGUGGGUAUGUUAGGGAGCUGCUGGUGGGCGGCACGCUGCCCGAGCGGCAGGGCGGCGCCCUGUACAGCACCAGCACCGUGUGGGGCCGCGACGGGACGCUGCUGGCGCGCCACAGGAAGGAAGGUGGGUAUGUUAGGGCGCUGCUGGUGGGCGGCACGCUGCCCGAGCGGCAGGGCGGCGCCCUGUACAGCACCAGCACCGUGUGGGGCCCCGACGGGGCGCUGCUGGCGCGCCACAGGAAGGUACACUUGUACGACAUAGACAUUCCGAAAAAGUUAAAGCACAAAGAAUCUGAGAUGCUAUCGGCUGGAAACCAGAUCACCACCUUCGUGUUCAACGGCGUCAAGAUCGGGCUCGGCAUCUGCUUCGACAUGUGCUUUUCCGAGAUGGCAGAGCUCAUGGCUCAAGAUGGAUGUUCCCUCCUAAUUUUCCCCGGUGAUUUCAAUGUCACGGCUGGUAGGAGGUACUGGGAGCUAAUCGGCCGCAUUCGCGCGCUCGACCACCAGCUGUGGGUGGCGCUAGUGAGCCCCGCGCGUGACACCAGCGCUGACUACCAGUCCUGGGGGCACUCCAUGCUCGUGGACCCCUGGGGAAACAUCAAGGCCCAACUGGACGAGAAUGUUGGGACUAUACUGGAAGAUAUUGACCUCAAUGUCGUGGAAGAAGUGAGAAGACAAAUGCCUAUUAAGCCUCAGAGGAGGACAGACUUAUACAACACCGUGCGGAAGAUGAAGAUGUCUUCAUAAAAAUGUAAAUGUACGUUCUAUGCUAAAUUAAAUGACGUUUAUUAUUAACAUCUUUAUAUUAACACAUUGAUAAGUACUCAUUAAAGUUUUGAAUGUUUAAUCUCAA